AUGUCUACAGAUUUUGAAGGUGUUAAGCGAGCUGUUGCUGCUUUUGAGCACCAUGACAUUGACUCUUCGCAGACCGCGCUCGAGGUAAAUGACACUUCAUGGAUCAACCUUGAGCCAAACAGGUGUACCAUCUAUGGUGUUGUCCUGAAGUCCGCGGUAGCAGCCGGCUUUCACGAAUUCCGUAUUGAUGAUCUCCCUGAUGGAACUUCUUCACAAGUGACAAUCCGUGGCAGCAGAACUGGAAAGGUCCAUCCAUUCGCUCUGCCAGUACCGGCAACCUAA